AUGGCUGCCACCGUCAACGUCGAGAACAUUUCCAUGAAGACGAGCGAGGAGGAGAUUAAGAGCUUCUUCAGCUUCUGCGGAAAGAUUCAGUCCAUCAGUGUAAAGCCUACUGGCGACGACGCCCAGUCCGCCUCUGUCACCUUUGAGAAGGCCGCCGCCGCAAAGACCGCCCUUCUCCUCGACAACACUCAGCUUGGACCCAACUCUGUGCACGUUACUGCUGCUAAGAGCAUCGACGAGCUUGCCGGAGAAAAGUCCGCCUCGGCCGAAGAGGCCAAGGAUGGCGACCACCACAUCGAGCAGGAACAGAAGCCCCGCGCACGCAUCGUUGCCGAGUACCUUGCCCACGGCUAUGCCAUCUCAGACAAGGCCAUUGAGCGUGCUCUGGCCGCAGACAAGCAGAACGGCUACAGCACAAAGUUCAUGAACUUCAUCAACAACGUCGAUCAGAAGACCCAGGCUACACAAAAGGCUCAGGUCAUGGACCAGAAGCUCGGUGUCACAAACAAGGGCUAUGCUGCCUUCAACACCUUGACCAGCUACUUCGAUAAGGCUGCCUCAACCCCUACCGGUCAGAAGCUCCGUGCUUUCUAUGAACAGGGCAACAAGACUGUCAUGGACGUUCACAACGAGGCAAGGCACUUGGCGAACCUCAAGAAGCAGAAGACUGGAGAGACUGGUGCCACUACCACCACCGCAGAGGGUAGCGAGAAGCCCCAGGAGACUGUUACUGCUCCUGCCCCCACCUCAUAG